UAUUGAUGAUUAAGCGCGCCGAGUCAUGCGAUGAAUUUGUUUCGCAGGUGAAGUACGUUUUGCACCCAAGUUUUUGUGCUCAGUCAUUAUUUACAUUAUCCUUGAACCGACUUUUCUAACUAUAGCAUAAUAAUAAUACUAUGACAUAAUUAUAAGAAAUCUACUUGAAUAGCACAAUGGCAGCAAAUGAAAGGACACCACUAGUUAGUGGCAGAGUUUAUGUCAAUGGUUCAUUGCCUGGUGAUGUUGGUUAUGGUAACUCACUUCAAGGAGAAACAGACACUGAAGAUGUCGAGCACACCCAACACAUGUUAAAGGUCAGACGUACGGUCUCCUGGGACAGGUCACCAAGAUCACCAGAGGAAGUUCAAGAGAUGGGAACAAUGAAAGUAUUGUCAUCCAAAUUUGAGAGCUUAGACUAUGACAUUGUGGAGAAUUCAUUGUAUUUCAAAGAACAGCAGCAAGUAGGGUCAAAGUUGUCAAUGAUCCGAAGAAUAAAGAUAGCUCGCUGGCUGGUGAUGUUGUUGAUCGGUGUCACCACAGCGUGUAUCGCAGCGUUUAUUGAUGUUAUGAUUGACAAGUUGGCGGGCUGUAAAUACUCUAUUGUGCGCAAAUUUAUUGACCAUGAUCUUGAGAGUACUAGCAUCAUACUCCCUUUCCUAUUAUGGCUGACAAUUGACGUUGGCUUUGUGGCUAUAGCAGCAUUUCUUGUCGCUUAUAUUGAGUUGUCAUAUUAUGGCUGGUAUAAAUGGUUUUAA